AUGUCUUCCUCCAAACCUGAACAGUACGAGAAAGGAUUCAAGCCCGACGCCGCUGCCGAGAAGCGCGAGCAGGGCGGCGAGGGCGCUCGGCCUCCGGGUCACCAGCAUAAGAUGCAGACCGAGCCUCUGAAUGACGUCUACGUCGAUGGCACGCCGUACAAGCCCGCUGGCAAGCUCGAGGGCAAGGUCGCACUCACCACCGGCGGCGACUCCGGCAUCGGCCGUGCGUUUGUCAUUCUCGCCGCACUCGAGGGCGCAGACAGCGCCAUCGUCUACCUCCCUGCCGAGCAAAAAGACGCCGAAGACACGCGCGCCGAAGUCGCGCAGAAGACCAACGGGCAGCGCAAAGUGCACCUCAUCCCCCUCGACAUCAAGUCCGAGUCCAACUGCCGCAAAGCCGUCGACGAGACGCUGCGCGUCUUCGGCCGCAUCGACAUUCUGUUCAACAACGCCGCGCAGCAGCUCGAGAACCACGACGUCCUCACGCUCGACUCGAAGCAGUGGGAGGACACGUUCGCGGUGAACAUGCACCCGAUGUUCUACUUCGCCAAGGCCGUCAUCCCGCACAUGCAGCCCGGCUCGAGCAUCAUCAACAACGCGAGCAUCAACGCGUAUAUCGGGCGCCCGGAUCUGCUUGAUUAUACGAGCACGAAGGGCUCGAUUGUCGCGUUUACGAAUGGGCUGUCGAAUCAGAUUGUCGGGAGUAAGGGGAUCAGGGUCAAUGCUAUCGCGCCGGGGCCGAUCAUCACGCCGCUUAUCCCGUCGACGUUCUCGGAGGAGAAUAUGAAGGGCGUUGAUAGUACGCCUAUGGGUCGACCGGGUCAGCCGAUCGAGUGCGCGGCGGUUGUCAUCUUCCUUGCCAGCCGCGAUUCGUCAUACAUCACGGCGCAGACGAUCCAUGUUGACGGUGGGGCGUACCCGACGUAG